AUGUCAUCAGCAGCACAAUCCGUCCAAACCCUUCUCCGCUUCCUCUCCCAAGACGCCAAACUCCCCCUCGCACAAGCCAUAGCCAAAGCCAAAGACCUCCAAGCUGCCUCUCUCAUCACUCCAUCCGAUCUCUCCAAAGCCGACCUCCCCACCCUCAAAUCCAUCUUCGCCGAUGACGAAAAAGUCGCGCGCCAAGUCCUCAAUGCCGCCAAACGCGUGUGCAAGAAACGCUCGGCCAGCGAAGCAACGGCGUCUGAUGCCGGUACCCCACUACUCGCAGUAGCAGCAGCAGCACCCUCAUCCAAGAAAAUCAAGCCCUUGUUCAGCGAUCCCAUGAACGCCUCUGAACUAGAAGCCUCGCUCGCCUUGCCCGCCCCAGAGCUGGACGAAGAGAAACUCAAGGCCACUACGCUGUACACCAAUCGCGCACCCCUAGUCCUCGCCUUUGCUGUUGUACUCACCAAGUUCACGAUGCCGCAGCAGCCGCUGUCGAGUAGGCUGAGUCUGGCGCAGGCGGUCACGUCGAUGAAUAGUAAGAGUAAAGCAGUCAGUAUUGGCCUUCAGGGGGGCAGAGCCGCAGAGGACGAGGGCUGGGGCGAGGGACAGCCCGUGGUGAGGAUUAUGACGAGAGAUGUGCGGGUGAUGAAGAGGUGGGGGUAUGAGUGGGAGAGUGCAGACACUGCUGUAGAGAGUACGCAGGCUGCUGUCAAGCAGGACAAUACACUCCAAGAUACCCCAACCGUUUCCCCCAACACAGCCCCGUCAUCGCAAGACACGCUGGCCCAGCAGCCACCAGCAAAAGAACCAGCACUGUGGGCCAUCGAUCUCGAGGCGCGCAGGAGAGCUAGUCAGACCGCCUCUCCGCAGCCGCCAGGCAGUCAGUUGCCGAUUUAUUCAGCCCAGUCUGCACGCGCCUAUCUCCUCAAGGCUUUUGAAUCUGCCCCGGCCCCAUCGACCGCGCACGUCAAGGGCAAAGGGGGAACGCCGGCAAAACGGACAGCGGCAGUCGUGGCAGCAGAGAAGAAAAGGAAUCUGGGGUUCCUGCUCGGUGCGCUGGAGCUGUUGUUUCGGUCGUGGGCGGUGCUGGAUAGAGAGGAGUUGGAUAGGAAAGCUUGGGGCUGCUAUGUACGCGUGAGGCCAGAGGUUGCAGCUGGGGCAGCAGGAUGGGGAGGCAAGGGAAAUGUGAAAUUGAGUGAUAUAUUGGCAUUGAGACGAGCAUAG